GUACAUGCAUCGUGGACCUCGAGGAAAAGCCGGUGAAGAGUGGAGGUGAUGCGGAGAGCCUUCUGCAGGACGCGUUGAAAGCCUCGCCCAAUGCGGAGGAGGCUGUUCUCCUGCAGUUGGUGGUGAAGCAGAUCAAGCGUCCGAGCAGCACGACCACCGAUGUGUCGCUCUCGGCGAUGCAGUUGCUGUUCGUAAAGGAGCGGGGUGACUACCUGGCGGCCCUCCACGAUAAGGACGCGAAGUUGCUGCCCGUCCCACUCUUCAAGGACGCCGUGGGGGGAAACAGCUGCACGCUGGUCGUCGCCGCCGUGUCGGGGGGUGAUGCUGUUGGGGAGACGAACAUCCUCAAGAAUGUGUUGAGGCUGCGGAAGGUGAAGAAUUCCCCCUCGCGCAGUGGCAAUCUCACCCGCUUCGUGGAGUUCACAAAGGAGCAGGAGAGGAAGUGUGUGGCCGCGUUGGCGUUGACAAGGAGCGCCGCGGAAAAGGCGCGCUAUAAACGAAUAAUACGGAAGAUGAUAGUUGUGCUGGCUGACGCACAGGAAUUGAUGGCCAAGCCGGAGGGGGCGAAUGCAAAGAUGUAUCCUGUGCCCUGCAUCUCUAAUGGGAAGGUGUAUAAGCGAGGUCAGAUAUAG